CAAGCAACUGUCAAACAGUUGUGAUUAGUAGGACUCUAACGCUGAUGUUCAUUUUAUCUUGGUCGAUUCUGAGACUUCGUAAAAGAUUUCGAAGAUUAACUCACAAUUGAAUCAAACUCAACCGUGCUUCCCGUCAGGGUUGGUAGCGAACUAUGAGUGAAUGGAAAGCCAUAACGAUGCCUGAUGAAUCAGGGACUAUUGUCAAGUCCUGUCCUUGGCCAUGGAGGAUAGCAAAUGCUGUGAUGGCCGUGUUCAUGGCAAUAGCUGCCUAUGUACAGAUCAAUGAUCCUGACCCAGCCAUUUGGAUAACUGUUUAUAGCAUCCCAUGCUUGUUGUGUUUAUCAAUAGUCAUUUAUUUUCCAAUUCAAGAUUAUUUUUUAUGGAAGGCAAUAACAAUGAGCCACCUUGCAGCCUGUGUUAUUGGUGUUCUCUAUCUUUCUACAAUUGUAUCGAAACAGAUCUGGGAGGGUUCAACAAAUCCGCUCAGUCAUGAGGAGGGCAGGGAGUUGUGUGGCCUUUUAUUGGUUAUCAUGUGGCUUACAGUCUGUAAACUAGCUAAUAUGAAAAGGCUUGCAAAUAUGAGCAUUUAUAUCUGGGCUUUACUGAUAGCUUUAUCAUUGCUACCUUUCCUGCUAUGGGGGGUUCACCUCAAGACAUGGGACACACAAUCUCUCCCCGAACACUGCAAGAAUCUAAUUGUGGCAUAGAAAUGGAAUAUAAACUAGAAAAUAUGGAUCCAUACUUCGGCAACUGAAGGGAUAUUCAUUUAUUUAAAAAAAUGUAGACCAGAUCAUUUGGUCAUGUUGACCACUCAACAAAGUGCCGAUGAAUGAUGUCAUAUGCAACCAUAGCCUGAGUAGCAGCCCAAAUUGGGGGGAAGGGGUGGGGGCUGUGGAGGAGGGGACAAGGAGAAAUGGACCCCCACCCCUUCCCCCCACAAUUUGGGCUGCUAUGCAGGGUAAUGCAACCAUGGCCAAGAAUGAAUUUAAGAAAAAUGCAAAUUAUAAAAUAAAUUAACCAACAGAGUUUUUUAAAAUUGGACAUAUUGAAAAUGGAAUUAACCUUCCUCCAUAGCUGUAUAAAGAAAAAUAUUAAAGAAAACAAA